GUAUGUAUAUAGGAGUUAACUUAACGUACUUGUUCAAUUUAUUAAUUUGUUCAGAUUGAUUUGAUUCUGAGGUUAGCACUAGGCUAGUCGCUAAUGCUACCUAGCUAGCUAACGUCCCUUACCAUGAGCUCACUAAACUACUCGCCCCUUGCUAAAGAAGAGGAUGUCUACUGGACGGAGAAAGGAGCUCUGGAGCUGAAUGUUGUCGUAAAAGAAGAAGAAGCUUUCAGAAUAAAAGAGGAGGGAAUCACACCGACAGAAGAACAGGAGGAUGUUAAAGUGAAAAAAGAGAAAAAUAUUUUUGGAGUGAAAGAGGAAGAGGAGAUAGAGGCUGUCACGGUGGUAGAGGAGGAGGUAGAAGCUUUCAGAAUCAAAAAGGAGGAAGAGGAGUCUGUUAUAGUGAAAGAAGAGAAAUAUAUUUUUGUAGUGAAAGAGGCAGAUGUAGAAGCUUUAAGAAUAAAAAAGGAGGAAGAGGAGGAUGUUAUUGUGAAAAAAAAGAAAGAUAUUUUUGGAGUGGAAGAGGGGAUAGAGGCUGUCACAGUAAAAGAGGAAGGGGGGAUAGAGGCUGUCACAGUGGAAGAGGAAGAGGAGAUAGAGGCUGUCACAGAGGAAGAGGGAGAGGUAGAAGCUUUCAGAAUUAAACAGGAGGAAGAGGAGGAUAUUAUAGGGAAAGAAGUAGAAGAACCUUUUAGAGAGGAAGAGGACGAUGUUUUGGGAGUGAAAGAGGAGGAAGGAGAUGAAAAGGAGACUGAAGAUCUGAUUAACACCAAAGAGAGACCCGACUCAGAGGAACCAGAGACGUCUGAACCAACGAGACGACACCACUGUUCCCAGUGUGAAAAGAGUUUUAACCAUUUAGGGAAUCUUAAAAACCACAAGAGAACACACGCAGAGAAGAAGUCUUACAACUGCUCUCAGUGUGGAAUGAGUUUUACCCGGUUAGGGAACCUAAAAUCACAUGAGAGAAUACACACAGGAGAUAAGCCUUACCACUGCUUCCAGUGUGGAAAGAGAUUUAUCGAGCCAGCACAACUGAAAGUUCAUUGGAGAAAACACACAGGGGAAAAACCAUUCCAAUGCUCUCAGUGUGGAAAUACAUUUUCCCGAUCAGGGGACAUGAAAUCACACGAGAGAACACACACAGGGGAAAAGCCUUACCACUGUUCCCAUUGUGAAAAGAGUUUCAGUUGGUCAGGGCAACUGAAAGAGCAUAAGAGAAUACACACUGGUGAAAAGCCAUUCCAAUGCUCGCAGUGUGGAAAGAGUUUUACUCGGAUUGGGAACCUGAGAACACAUGAGAGAAUACACACAGGAGAGAAGCCUUUCAAAUGCUCUCGGUGUGGAAAGAGUUUUACCCAAUUAAGGAGCCUGAAAAGUCAUGAGAGGGCACACACAGGGGAGAAGCCUUUCCAAUGAUCUCAGUGUGGAAAGAGUUUUACCCAAUUAAUGGUCCUGAAAGAGCAUGAGAGAAUACAUACUCCUUAUGUCACUACUCAUUGUGGAAAUACAUGUUCUGGCUUAUGGUUUUGACUGAGAAUUUGUGUUUUUGUCAUGAAAUCUAAUUGUAUAUAUUUUAUCAUACUCACAAAUAGGUCUACAUUUGUUUUUUUAUUUUUGAGAUUCUUCAAAGUAGGGUGGAACCCUUUGCCUUGAUGACAGCUUUGCACACUCUUGGCAUUCUCUCAACCAGCUUCAUGACGUAA